AUGGGCACUUCGUCGGGCAGUACGGACGUCGCUUACUGUGGUGACUCGCUGAUGGGCGUUUCCAUUGCCAUCGCAGUCGUCCAAAUACUAGUGGUCGCAGCUCGGUUCUAUGCCCGCUCUGUACAGCGAGUAGCCUACGCAAUCGAUGACUACCUGAUUAUACCUUCUUUGAUUGCUAGCUUAGGCCAAUCAGCAUUAUACAUAAUCUUGCUAAAGAUUGGUGGGCUGGGGUACCAUCUCGAAUACGUUAUGCAGACCCCCGAGAAACUCGUCAAUCUUCAAAAGGGACUCGUUGCAAACCAAAUUCUUGAUUUUCCGUUUAUCGUGACCCCGGCGAAGAUUUCGAUCCUUCUCUUUUAUAUCCGCAUCUUCAGCACGCCGAAGUUCCGCAUGAUAGCCUACACGGUUGGCUUUAUUGUCCUGGGCCACGGGAUUGGUGUCCUUUUCGCGGCGAUAUUUCAAUGUUCCCCUGUGCAGUAUGCUUGGGAUAAGACAAUUCAAGGUGGAUCGUGCUUUGACCAGCAAGCGUUUUAUCGAUAUGUCUCACCUCCGAACAUUCUGACGGAUGUCUUGAUCUUGGCCAUGCCCUUACCGUUUGUCUGGAAGCUGCAUACACGAAUGACACAGAAACUCGCCCUGACGGGGGUGUUCAUACUUGGGGGAUUGGGAACUGUGGCAAGCAUUUUGCGCAUGACCAUCUUCUUCCAGGAAAAUGCACUCACUGACCCAACCUGGGCAUCAAUUAAUCUAGGUAUCUGGACCGUAAUCGAAGCAGGCAUCAUUAUCAUUUCGGCUUGUCUGCCUUCUAUCUGGCCGUUAAUCGUUCGGAUUCUACCGCGGAAGUUAAUGAGUAAACACUCCUCCAAGACCCGAGGUCACCACUAUACCGCUAGCAAUGCCAAAGUGAAGGUAGGAGAUGGCUUCUCCAGGCUUGGGGAGAACAUCACUGGGGAGGCGGACAAAUGGCCCCUUGACAUGAAUCGUUCACAUGAGAGCCCAUCCACAUCGAUACACGGUCAAAUUCUGUCGAAGGGCGAAAGCAUAUCGCUACGAAGCCUGGACGAGACCCAACAGGAGCCUCGAUAUUCAUGA